CAAUUUCAUCCUUCCAUAGUCAUUGGACAACAUCUUCGCUUUGUUGGUUCUCUCUCUCUCUCGGCCUUUUGGCUUUCGUCAUCAGCGGUACCCUAGAAAUAUUAUCAACGGAGAUCGGAGAUCGGAGAGGAGGACGUCCGUUUCACUCAUCGGCCGCCGGAUAAGGCAAUUAUUUCACUCUCAACAGCCAACUCUUACUGGCGGGAAGCCAAAAAAAAUGAUAAACAAGCGGCCCUUUAUUGAUGAGGAUUCUUGUGAAGUUGCUUCCAAGCACCCAAGACAAUUAGAAUGUGUUAAUGAGCUUGCUCCAGUUGUAGAUAUUGUUCCAUCUCAGAAUGCUCACCAAAAAUCUUUCUCAGGUGAUGACAGUUUUAAUAUAUGUCAAGACAAAGGAAGAUUUUCAAGUGAUUUGAUUAUUGAGGUCUCAAAGCAGACGAAAGAACCUGAUAAUGAUGUUUCAAGUAGCAUUUCUCAUUAUUUGUGGUUCAACAACAGUGUCAUUGAUGGAGAUACAAGGUUGGAUACAGCUGCUCAUGUAUCACUAUUUCCAGAUUACUUUGAACAUGGAGAGCGACUGAGGGGUUUAUUUCAAUCAGAUGACAUUCAUGCAUCUCCAGUUGAUUAUUCUCCUCAAAGGUCAGUUCCCAUAGGUCCAGAGCAUCAAGUUUAUGUUCCAGAAUGGGAUCAACAGGGUUCAAAGUUGUCAGAUUAUCAAACUACUACUCAAAAUUCAGUAUGUGGAUCUAGCCUGGACCUUAUGGUUCAUGAAGAUGAGGAGAAGAUGGGUACUUGUGUCAUCUCCAUGCCCUUUUCGGAUGCAUUCUCACAAGAUAGAGCAAGUAAAAAUGACUGUGUGUGCAUUGAUGAGGGUUCUAUCAGAUGUGUGAGACAACAUGUUAUUGAAGCUAGAGAAAAAUUAAGGGAAAAUAUUGGACCAACUUUAUUUGAGGAGUUGGGUCUUUGUGAUAUGGGUGAGGAGGUCGCCAAGCGAUGGACUGAAGAAGAAGGACAUAUUUUCCAUGAUGUUAUUCUUGCAAACCCUUUCUCGUUAGGUAAGAACUUUUGGGAUCAUCUCUCUAUGGCUUUUCCUUCUCGAACGAUCAAGGACCUUGUGAGCUAUUAUUUUAAUGUCUUCAUGCUUCGAAAGCGUGCUGGACAAAACAGGUUUGAUCCGCUAAACAUUGAUAGUGACAAUGAUGAGUGGCAACAAAGUGAUCUUGGAGAUCUUGAGGGUGGUGAGGACUCUGUUGUAGAGUCUCCUGCUGAUCAAGAGGCUUCAGUUAAUUAUCAGCAACACUAUUUGGAAGACUGCCAUGAAGACUUGGAGGAUGCAAAUGAGAUUUAUGGUUGUAAAGAUAGUGCUGUUGUGGUUUCUAGUACUGUGACGGAUGAAGAGGAUAGAGGGGACAUAAUAGAUAAUGGUACAAGGGUGGGCGUUAAGGAUUCGCCUGGUACUUAUGGUGAAACUGAUAUGGAUCUGCUGGGAAAAAUUCCCAGUAAAAAUGAUAUAGAGGAGUCUGAUUUUCAAGAUGAUUCCUGCACAUCUUACGAGUUUCAGAGAGACGGAAUAGAACAAUACUGUCCACAUGACGAGAGAAGUCUGGGGAGCUAAUGUAAAAGUAGUGUUGGUUGAUAUCUUCAAUCCUAGAUGGUUUAUUUAGAAGCAACUUCGUAUCCGACUUCCAACCUUGGCAAUUACAAAUAUUUUGAAUUGUUAAAUAUGGUGAAAUUGGUGGAUUCCCUGGACUGACCCCAGUACAACUUGUUGGAGGUUAGUUGCGACUGAUUACUGUUGUGGUUUACACGAGUGAUUCUUAGUUUAUUGCUUCCACGGAUUAAGCAACUUUAGUAGCUUAGAUUAACCUCUAAUGGAAAUUUGCCUAUAUAGCAUUGUUAUCUGCAAGAGGAAAUUACUCUUUUCCAUUUCAAUAAGUCCCAUGACCAUGGGUAUUGGCAACAAUACAGUCUUGAGGCCAAGGUUUUCUUGUAGAAGUGAAUAAGGCAAAAUGUCUAUUUAUCAAAAGAAAAAACAAUGAAAUUCUUUUUUUCUUAUACUCUCCCUUGUUUGGUUACCUUUUUCUUUGUAAGCUCAACGCAGGGCCACCUGUUUGAGUAUAAUAAAAUUCAUUUUCAUAUA